AUGCCUACCUUCCCACGUCGGCGGCGACCUGCCGACGAAGAAGUUGACGAUCAAGAUGAUCGUCCCACGCAGCGCCGGCGUCGCGCGGGGGAUGAGGAUAGCGAAGGUGCAAGUGAGGAGGCCAACGGGGUCGAGGGCGAUGGAUCCAUUGAGUCGCAGUUGAUAAAGAAGCUCGUCAGAUAUGCUCUCGCCUGCGAAUAUUCUAGGACCCCGAUACGCAGGGAAGGUAUCAGAGAUAAGGUCUUGGGAGCACACGGGAGGUCAUUUAGGAACGUAUUUGAGGGUGCACAGAAGCAGCUUCGCGCAGUAUUUGGCAUGGAGAUGGUCGAGUUGCCUGUCAGAGACAAGACGACUUUGUCCGUGGAGGAACAGAGGAGAGCUGCCAAAUCCCAGUCCAAGGGCACAACAUCCUCCAACACAUACAUCCUUGUAACAACACUACCGGAGGAUUACAGGACGGCAGCCAUAGUCGCGCCGUCUAGGGUUCCAACCGCUGAGAAGGAAGCCGCCUAUGUUGGGCUCUACUCCAUGAUUGUUACCAUAAUUCAGCUCAACCGCGGGGAGUUGAGCGACCCAAAGCUCAAACGGUAUCUUCAGAGAUUGAAUGCCGAGACCAACACGCCAGUUGAAAAGACCGAUUUGCUCCUCCAGAGGCUUAUCAGGCAAAAUUACAUUGUCAAAACGGUGGAGCGCAACCCUCAAAAUGACGACGAUGCUAUCACGUGGCGUGUCGGUCCGCGCGCCAAGCAGGAGUUGACUGACGAGUCCAUGGCCAGUAUUGUGAGGGAUGUGUAUGGCGAGGCUUAUGACCAGGAACUCGAGGCGAAACUGCAAGCCAGCUUUAAAAUUCGGGAUCGGAAACCUGUCAAUGGUAUAAUAGAACGAGAGCAGGGUGAAGACGUAGAUGCGGAUGCGGAUGAGGAUGAGGAGGGCGCAGAGCAGGAGGAUUGA